AUGAACUCUGAUCGCCGAACCAGCCUGGCCGGGUCUACCCACUCGCAUAACUCCCUGAGCGAUGUGGAGGACUAUCAACCUGACGGUGAACGCAGGAUGGGAAAUCUUUUUGACUCCGUGAUGUCCGGGGAAAAAGGUCAUCACGCCAGGGAUAAAACCAUCAAACCAAGCAAUGUGCUGCAGUCCUUGUCAGCAGCGCACAAAGGCAAAGAACGCGCUGUGACAGAACCACUCGGUUCGACCAGCCACCAACACCCCAAACCUAUUCCCACCAUUUCCCACUCACAACCAAAACACCUUCCCCCACACCUUUCCCAACAUUCGUCCACCACUGUCCCUUCCCUCGUUCCGCCAAAUACGUCCACCACCAGGCCUCAAGCAGCUGUCGCGCCAGCAAUCGACGAGACAGAUGACGAGAGAGACUUCCGCCUAGCCAAAUUCCGACUCAAGCAGAACAAAAUGGUGUCUUCGACCGUUGCUUCCCUUGUCACGGCUUUCAAAAAGGAAUGUAUCCUGGAGCCGGACGGGGCGAACUUCUCUCAAUGGAUGCGAGGACUGAAAGAAGUGUCUCAGACGGGUCUGUCUGGCGCGAAUUUCUUCUUCGAACCAAGCACCAAUAGGACUUUUGAAAGGAUUGGUAGGGCAGUCAUGAUUGCGAGCAUUCACAACUCACUCGUCCCUGACCUACACUCAUUGGAUACUGCUCACAAUAUGUAUCUUUCCCUCAAGAAGAAGUUCAAGACGGUCUCAAGAGCAGCUCAAAUGAACAUCUGGCGACGUUUCAUGGCUUUCAAGGUGGACCCCUCGACUCCCAGUGCAGGCGUGGCGGCAGCACUCCUUGAUCUCUACUCGGAAUGGCGAUAG